AGAAAAGCAAGCAUGAAUGAUGGAAAGUAAGCACGGAUGGGAAAAUUUAUGGACUUCUGUCACACAAGAUGGGUAUUGUGGAUAUGUGAACUCCUUAGCUGAAGCAGAACAAGUUCGGAAGGAAUUUGAGGUGGAGAAAAGUCUGACUUUCGUGUCAGGGAAACGGGAAGCUGAUUUCGGCAAUCACGGCCAUGAUCUACCAGAUAAAUUCCGUUUGAGAUUCACUGAUCUUGGCGAGCAUGAAACAAUUAAAUACACUGGCAUGCCAUUUAUCAUUGUUUCCAAAUAUGAACGCCAUUGUUUGUUUGGAAAAGAUAAGAACAAGAAAAAGAAAGAAAGAUAUCAGAAUUCAAGAAGCCAAGCCUUAUCAGGUGAUCAUCCUUCAUCUUUGAAAAGGAGGCAGUACAUCCAAUCAACAAAAAAGAAAGGCUGCCCAGCAAAAAUAAUAAUGAAAGAAGUUCUUGUAUUUCCAGAGUAUAAGGCAAAACAAGAUACAGAAAAGGCAAGAAGAAUUGCAAGCGAAAAGCUAAGAGAAGAUCUGGAAAUUAUGGGAAACAACAUCAAGAAGGAACAUAGAAUAUAUAUAAGUUUACCAAAGGAUGGAGAGCACCAAGAAAUGCAUCUUCUUGGUCAGAUUACAGGUUUUAUGAAUCCAUUGAACAAAGAUGUCAGAGAUAAGCUAUAUGAGAUGGUGGGACAUGGGGUUACAAGCGUAUCAGAAAUGCGGCGUCAUUUAAAGGUGUAUGUUGAUACCCAGAUAUUCCCCAAAGCCAAUAAACCUGCACUGACAGAUGCGGCAUAUUACCCAUCAGAUGUCACAAUAAGGAAGCACAUAUACUUAGCACAACUUCGUCUGAGAUAUUCCAAAAUAGACCAGGAAAACUUGAUGAAAUUGGUUAUUCAAUGGCAAGAAAGUUAUCCAAAAGAUAAUUUUGAUUUUUUGCCGGCGACGUCCAAUCAAGAUCAGCAACUGGAUGAAAACAACAUCAACAAUGUUCAGUGUGUUGAGCAAGAUGAUGAGGAUGAGGUCUUCUCACAGUUGAUCACAACAACCAAUUUCUUCUUCUGUCACCAAUCAGAGUUCCAAAGACAUUUGCUUUACAGGUAUGGUAAUGCUCUCUGCUUAUUGGAUGCCACCUAUAGAACCACGAAAUAUGCGUUGCCUCUUUUCUUUCUGGCCGUGAAGACAAAUGUGGGUUUUAGUGUUGUGGCGGAGUUUGUUGUUCAGAAUGAGACCAAGGACUUAAUUGUACAGGGUCUCCAAACUAUCAAAAACUGGGUAAAUGCAGCUCAAGACAAACCAGAAGGCUGGGAAUGGAAACCCAAAUUUUUUAUGACAGACUUCUGUGAGAGAGAAAUUGUUGCCAUAGAGGAGACAUUCUCAGAUAGUUUUGUAUUCCUUUGCGACUUUCACCGUGAGCAAAGUUGGACUAGAUGGGUCAGCAAAACAGACAAUGGUGUGGGUGAAAGUAAAGAUAAAGUUCUUGCCAUGUUGAGAAGGUGUGCCCACUCUUGCUCAGAGGAGCAGUUUGAGGUUGCACUAGAGUCUCUCACAAACUCUGUGGAGUGGAAUGGAAAUACCAGGUUGAGGAACUGGUUUACAAAGACCUGGCUAUCUGAGAAAAAACGUUGGGUUUGGGCUCAUAGAUAUGGUCAAGGCCUCUUAGUAAAUACCAACAAUGGGCUUGAGAGGCAAAACAAAAUUUUUAAAUAUAAAUUCCUCGAGCAGAGAAAAGAUAACCAUCUCUCAGGAAUGAUCUCCAGUUUGGUCACUGAGUAUUUGCCAGCUAUGAUGCUGAAGUAUACUCGUGACAACGUGUUGGCCUCAGAAAGAGUUGGUCGUUCUUAUAUUGCUGAAAUACCAGAUUUCUUGAAGAACAGACCAGCAUCUUUUAUUAAGCACUGCAUGACGAAAAUAGAUCUUGCAGAAACAGUGGAAGACACUGAUAUCAUGCAGAUGUCUACCAACUGUUUUAAGAUUAAAAGUGUGUCGGACUCUAGGAAGAAGGUAGAAUACGAUGUUCUGUUAGAUAACGGCCGUGGAAUGCCGAGUUGUGGGUGUCAUGCAUGGACCUGGACUCUUCUCCCAUGCAAACAUAUAUUUGCGGUCAUCAAUGGCAGAUUUCCUGGAGUGACAUGGAAGAAUAUCCCUUUGAGUUACAGCAACUCACCUUUUUUCACAUUAGAUUUUGAUGUGGUUUCCAUUCCAGUGUCAGGAUUCAUAUCAAAUGAAGAUGAACUUUGUGAUGAGGAAGAUGUACUAGAAGGUGAUAUAACUGAUGAAAAUGUAGUGCUCUCUGAUGCAAAUCUACCAACUUGCAAAAAAAAUCCACGAUCAAAGUUAAAAAUUUUAGCCACCAAAUGCAGAGAAAGUCUGUCAAUUAUUCUAAAUGCCACCUAUCUUUGCCAAGAGGAAAGCACACUUGAACAUCUAAGUGUUCUACUUAAUGAAGCAUCAUCCUACAUGAACAACAUGCUACAUAAGGAGGAAGGCCUCAUUCCAGAACCUUCAAAGAAAAGGAAAGUAGUAGAAGAACCGAAGUCUGCCAAAAAACCAAAAUUGGGAACAAAAUCUGAAAAAUGUCUGAAGUUAAGAAAAAGAAAAGAAAACAGAAGUACCAGAUAUGGAAAGACAACAUCUAAAAACAUCAAAUUAGAAGAUCAAAAAAAAGAACAAGAAGAGGAAACGAUAAUAAUCGAUGGCCAUUCAACUGUGCCACAAUCAAUUCUGGAGUGUAUUGCAGAAAUGGUCAGUCAGAUGCCAAGAAUUGAGUGGGAGGCCCUUAUAUUCAAGGCCAAAAAAGAGGCUGCAACAUCAACAGAUACAAUAUCACAAAUUGCUGUAACAUUACUUGAGGAGUACUGUGAAGAUGAUCAUAUUCAGACACUGAAGACCAUAUCUGAUAACCAUUGCCCAAAGAAUAUGACAAACCCACAGAAAUUUAGAAUGGCACUUCUAAUGCUACAUAAACUCGUGGAGACAAAAAAAUUCAUUUUGAAAAGAAAUUUUGAGAAGGAACGCACAGAGAGGGAAGCUGCCGAAAAAGCAUGCGUAGAGGCUAUGGCUCAAAUGGAAGGUUUCAACAAAUCAGAACCUACCUCAGAAGCAUCUGAAAAGACAAGCCAUUCUAAGAAAAAAGGGAAAAAGAAGGUACAGUGGGAAACAGGUGAAUCAGCAGCUCACUGUACUGGAAAAACCUGGACUGACAUUGAUUCACAGAAAGCUAAAAACAACCUUAUGAAAAUAUGGGAUCAGGAAAGGGCAACAAAUUACAUUAAAGCCCGAGUUUAUGGAUAUAAUGUCAGUGAUGCUGAUCUCAGGUCUCUAAAGAGUCCAAACUGGUUGACUGAUCAGGUACUUGAUGCAUACCUGUCAUAUCUAGCUCAGAAAGAGUGGGAUAAGGGGAAAAAAGUAAAGCAUAUGGGUGUAUCCAAGAUGACAAGUAUAAUUAAUGAUCAUGUUCAGUCUUCAGAGAAAAAGUGUCGUGUUCUGGAAUAUGACUCCAUCAUUGGUGUGUAUCAUCAAAGAGGACAUUGGGAUCUAGUGAUAAUUGAACCAAAAUCAUUCACGGUCUACUUCUACAAUCCACUUGGAGAGACGGCAUUUCAAUGUAGACAAGUGCUCAAUGGCUGGAGAAAUUACAUGGGAAGAAACCUUUUUUUAAGUGUUCAGUGGGAAUUGAAAGUGAAGGAACAUUCAAAGCAGAAAGAUGGCUCUAGUUGUGGUGUGUUCUGUUUAAUGUAUGCAGAGAGACACCUUAGUGGACAGUCUCUCUUGAAUAUAACCAAAGAAGAUGUUCAGAGAAAAAGGACAGAAAUAGGAACUACUCUUCUGCUGUUUGAUGAACACAGAGUUGAUUGUUGUGCUUGUUGUGGAUUGAAGUUAGAUGAUCGUAAAGGGGAUUUGGUUCCUUGUGGUAUUUGUAUGAGGAAAUUCCACAAAAAAAAUUAUUGUGUGGGAGAAAAAAUUUCUAACAUGUCAUCAGUGCAGCACUUUACAUGCAAAGAUUGCUUCAUGAAGUCAAAUGUGUGAAAAUGAUGAAAAAGUGAAAAAAAACCUAUUCAUUGCUCUAUUUCAUUCAGCUUUUAAGAAAAAGGCACAUCAAUAACUUUUCUCAUACUAAA